AUGUCGAGGACCAAAGCACCCCGCGAUGAGUUUCCAGACUCUGAUCCAGAGGACUCAUCAGAGGAGCUGACAGAGGAGGUGUGUGUGGAGUCAGACCUGCAGGAUGGACAGAUGAUGGAGGUUGAAGUGGGACGUCACACUGUGCUGUUGGCACGCACUGAUGGCAAAUACAGUGCUAUUGGUAACCAGUGUACACACUACGGAGCUCCGCUGAGCAAAGGGGUCAUUUCAGGCCACAGAGUGCGCUGUCCGUGGCACGGCUCCUGUUUUAACGUCCAAACAGGAGACAUGGAGGAAUUUCCGGGCAUAGACAGUUUACCUUGUCACAAGGUCAAUAUUCAAAACAGCAAAGUGUAUGUGUCUGUUAAUAAAAAGUCUCUCAGGCAACAAAAGAGAAUAAAGAGUAUGGGAACAUCAGUACCAGGAGUCACUCACACGAUUCUGCUGCUGGGAGGAGGAGCUGCCUCAUUGAUGUGCGCUGAGAUUCUGCGGCAGCAAAACUUUGGUGGCAGAAUCAUCAUGGUGACCAGGGACGACCUUUUACCUUACGACAAAACCCGUCUGAGCAAGGUAAUGAAUGUGGAGAGUGAAACUAUCCUGCUGAGGAGGAGGGAGUUUUUCCAUCAGUAUGACAUUGAGGUGUGGCUCAAGAAAGAAGCACUUUCGGUGGACACUGACAGGAAGACAGUCACAUUUAAUGAUGGUUCUACCCAGAGCUAUGACCAGCUCCUCGUCUCAACAGGAUGCAGAGCAAAGGGUCUGGAUGUGCCUGGUAUGAAGUUGGACAAUGUCAUGAUGCUGGAGACGCCAGAGGAUGCCCGGCACAUCCACGCAGCCUGUCUGGGCAGCAACGUUGUCCUCGUGGGAACCUCUUUUGUUGGUAUGGAAGUUGCAUCUUAUUUGAUUGACAAAGCCUCCAGAAUCACAGUGAUUGGCAGCAGUGAGCUGCCGUACCAGAACACGCUGGGCCGUGAAAUUGGCAGAGUUACCUUGAUGAUGCUGUCAGAGAAAGACGUGAAAUUCUACAUGAAUGAUAGUGUGAUAGAGGUCAAAGGUGUGAAUGGAAAGGUGAAGGAGGUUGUGCUUAAAAGUGGAACAGUAAUCCCAACUGAUGUUCUGAUUGUUGGUAUUGGCAGCAUCCCAAACUCAGAGUUCCUACAAGGCAGCAAAAUACAGAUGAACGCAAAAAACUUUGUUAUAGUCGACAAGGGCAUGCGCACCAACGUCCCUGACGUGUACAGUGGAGGUGACCUGGUGACCUUCCCACUGGCGAUGGCCAAUAACCAGCUGGUGAACAUUGGACACUGGCAGAUGGCACAAGCACACGGGAGAGUAGUAGCUUUGAACAUGCUGAAAAAACCAAGUGAACUCACCUCAGUUCCUUUCUACUGGACCGUCCUACUGGGUAAAACCAUCCGAUAUACAGGCUAUGGGGAGGGAUACACUGAUAUUGUAAUUAAAGGAAGCUUUGAGGAGAGGAAGUUCCUGGCAUUGUACAUCAAGAAUGAUGGGGUCAUAGCAGCAGCAGGCCUAAACUACGAUCCAGUUGUGUCUGCAGUAGCUGAGAGGCUAGCAGCAGGAAAAGUCAUCACAAAGAAAGAGGCUGAAUCAGAUGACCUGAGCUGGCUGCAGUCGUUGUCCUGAUCUACACUUUCUUCCACUUACACAUCAUCUGUACAGUGUUCACAUGCAGCCAGGGAGUCCUCCUUCUGUCUGG